CUUUCUCAUUGGUCAAAUGAGUUCACCUUACGAAGUUCCUGAAAAUUCAUUGGCUUAACGUGCGGAAGACUUUACGUGAACAUUUGUGUGUAGUUUUUUCGUUGUUGUGUAAGGAUAAUUUGAUAUACUCAGAAAACUACAUUCCCCAAAUCUAAGCGUAUUUACGACGCCGUCUGUUACCGAAGGUCACACACGCGUGGUUUUGAAUGCAGGAGCUCCUAUGUGAUAGAGGAGAAACAAAUGGAAAAGCUCUGAACAGAAACAUAACGACUUUACAGUUAUUCUGAUUGAUAAAAAAAAACACCAUCUACGUGUAUAAUGUUGUAUCUUAUCUAGUGAGGAACUGCAAGAAACAGAUAGUUUUGCAGUCGUCUCUGUUUUCAGCUACAGUAGCCUCCCAUCUUCAGUUAAUUUGAAGUAUGUUUAGAGGCAUAGUUACGCUUCAAAGGCAGUUUAGAAAUGCCUUUUCUCUUUCUAAAGUGUGCCCAAGACGUCAGCUCACCAGGUGUACGCCAAAAUACUCCACAGCAUCAGUCGAAAGGAAGAAAUUUUAUCAAGAUGUAAGCAUAUCCCAAGGUGAAGAUGGUUUGUUUGAGAUAAACCUUGACCAGAGGAAACUGAAAACUCCAGGGGGAAAGCUGUUCACAGUGCCAAAUGAAGCCCUGGCCAUUGCCGUGGCAACCGAGUGGGAUGCUCAAAGAGACACACUCAAGUUCUACACCAUGCAUCUGACCACUCUGUGCAACACGGCUCUGGACAAUCCCACUCAGCGCGACAAGGAUCAAAUGAUCAAUGCUGCUCUGAAGUUUCUGGAGACGGACACCAUCUGUUACAGAGUAGAGGAACCUCCUGCUUUGGUUGAGCUACAGAAGAACGAAUGGGAUCCUGUGUUGCACUGGAUUGAAAACAGGUACAACGUCACAAUUGGCUCCUCUUCUAGUAUUUUGGGUCCUGAUAUUCCAGAGGCAACCAAAGACACGUUCCGACAACACCUCAGUUCAUACAGUCUCUGGUCCAUGACAGGACUUGAGUUUGUGAUCACCCAGCUGAAGUCUGUUGUGCUGUCACUGGGGAUGGUUGACAGACACCUGAGCGUGGAGCAGGCUGUGCUGCUGUCCAGACUGGAGGAGGAAUACCAGAUUCGACGGUGGGGAAAUGUGGAAUGGGCUCAUGACUAUGACAUGUAUGAGUUAAGGGCGCGGACUGCUGCAGGAGCUCUUUUUGUUCAACUCUCAUCUGAGACUUCAACUGUCAAACGCAAACUUAUGCAGGACUGAGAAGGACUAGGAUCACCCAUUGUCUCAUAGAUCAACAUGGAAGUCUUAGAAAACAUGCAGUGAAUCUACCCUGAAACAACCCAACCAUCUGAAUUUUUGAAUAGUUCUAUAUCCAGUUAUAUCCAACACACCAUAUUCAGAUUGCUCUAUUUAGCAGUGACAUCUGUUUUGUCAGUGAGCUGUAACAUUCAUCUCACUCCAGUAAAUCACACUGGUUGUCUUUUUUUUUCCCCCCCCCCCCCCCCCCCCCCAGAGUUGUAUAUGUGGCAGCUGCCAAGUGUGACUGUCUCCACGCUGUUUCUAGCCCGUUCUCAUUCUGGACACUGGCACGUGGCCUGAAGGCAGUGAAUGAUGAUAUUGUCUGUUUGGUGAUGGAUUGUUAAUUUCCGUGCCUGCUUUUUCAUGUAAGCAAAAUUUGAAUUCUGCAGAGCACAUAUUCUGACCUAACAGUAUAAAAAUCCCAUCCAAGCUAAAUGUGCUGUGAAGUGUUUGGUAGGAGCACACUGGAUGUGCAAAAUUAUUAUUAAAUUAGAUAUUCUGAAGGCAGUGAUUAAUUACUCAUGUUCAAUUAUGGUAUUUUUCUGGUAUGGUAGAAGGUAAAAAUUGGAAGUCUUUACAUCUAUUUUCUCUCCUCUGCACAAAAAGUGGACUACAUACUAUUUAACAAAAUGCACAAAACCCAGGGUUGACAUGGAUCAAAGGAAUAAAUGCAUACGAUUACCUGA